CCUCCUGUCCCAGUCUGCUUCAGAAGUCACCUGUUGCCUGCCAUCAUCAUGAGGAUCCUGCAUUUCCUCUUCUCCAUCCUCCUGGUAUUCUUCUUGAUGCUGCCAGGUUUUUCUGAAGCUGUAAACAAUCCUGUCAGUUGCUACCAAAAUGGAGGCUCGUGCACAUUCAAAUGUGGUCAGCGUCAGAAAUUGAUCGGCACCUGUGGCUUUCCUUUCUCCAAAUGCUGUAGAUGAUAGUAAAGAAAGACCAUCAUGACAGACAUGGACCCAGAAAUUUGUCCCUGUAUAAAGACCUAUCAAAUUAAACCACUUUGCUGAAAUUAAAGA